AGAGCAGGACUGCGCAUCUGUGGCCGCAGGGGCCUGAGUUUCCGUGAAUGGGACUGCCCUGCCAUCUAGUGGCCAUGUGGCAUGGGAGCCUUCCAACCAGCAUUUCCAUAGAGUCUGUCUUUGAAGAAGGCAAAAAAUAUACCGUAUUUUAGUUUUUCUUAAGGAAAAGAACUCUCAGAAGGUAAGCAAGAAAAACACUUGAGUGCCAGGAAAUGAGAACAUAUUCAGCAAAAUGAACACCUUGAUAUAAAUGAUACCCAAACAGUCUUUUCUGGCUUUCAUGUGAUCUAUUAUGAGAGAUAUGACUGGCAGCUAUUUCCACAAUUAAUUGAUCCUGGAAAACUUGGCAAGGCUUACUCUUCUCCAGUUCAAGAAUUGGACAACUGCUCACUUUUAUCCACUCUCCAUGGUUUUCUAUCCAGCCCUGGAGCCAGGUGACCUGAUGUAUAUGAACUGCUUCAAAAGUUUCCUUUGCCUUCUGACUUCAGGAUGGAUGUAGUCAACUGCAGUGGGACGAUCCACAGAUGUGAGUGACCAAUGGAAAGCAGAUAGAACUCAUUAGGUGUGUUUCCUAGGAAUACUCUUUAAAGCUGCUGCUUCAGCUAGUUCUUUCCUCAAAGAACUGAGAAAGGAGAUGUGACUUACUGGAUAUUUACCAUUGGAUUUUGGAAGUGAACAGAAAUUUGUUUUUUGUUUUGUAAAUGUGUUUAUAUUUUUUUUCUUCAGAGGCUUAAAGGAUGGCCUCAGAUCUGGAACAGUUAUGCUCUCAUAUUAAUGAAAAGAUUGGCAAUAUUAAAAAAACUCUGUCAUUGAGAAAUUGUGGGCAAGAACCUACCUUGAAGACCAUUUUAAAUAAAAUAGGAGAUGAGAUCAUUGUAGUAAAUGAACUUCUAAAUAAAUUGGAAUUGGAAAUUCAAUAUCAAGAACAAACCAACAGCUCCCUCAAGGAACUCUUUGAAUCUCUCGAAGAAGAUUAUAAAGAUGUGGAGCAUCUCAAAGAAAACAUCCCUCCCCAUUUGCCUCAAGUAGCAGUUACCCAGAAUUUUGUUAAUGGCUCAGAUCUAGACCCUGAAGAACCGGUCAAAGUUGAGGAACCUGCACCCGCAAAGAAGCCUCCCAAAGAACAAAGAAGUAUUAAAGAAAUGCCAUUUAUAACUUCUGAUGAGUUUAAUGGCAUUCCUGCGUACAUGAAAUCCCGCUUAACCUAUUGUCACAUUAACGAUGUUAUUAGAGAAAUCAACAAGGCAGUUGUUAGUAAAUAUAAGAUCCUACAUCAGCCAAAAAAGUCUAUGAGUUCUGUGACCAGAAAUCUCUAUCACAGAUUUAUUGACGAAGAAACGAAGGAAACCAAAGGUCAUUAUUUUGUAGUGGAAGCUGACAUAAAGGAGUUCACAGCUUUGAAAGUCGACAAGAGGUUUCAUGUGAUACUGAAUAUUUUACGACACUGCCGGAGGCUAUCAGAGGUCCGAGGGAAAGGGCUUACCCGAUAUGUUAUAACGUAAAGUCCUUGUGAGCUUUUGAACCAGCUAACAGGGUUUAGAGGCUGUUCCUAUAGUUUCCUUACAUGUAAUUUUUAAUAUAUAAUUUUUUUAGCUUUUUCAUUUUCUUUGUUUCUUCUAAAAAUAAAACAUGUAUAUUUUAAAAUCCA